UUUCCCUGCUCUCUGCACGGUUCUGGGAGUUCCCUUCUUAGUCCCUGCUCCCCGGGAGGAAGCCCCAGUCGAGCUUCUGGGAAGGCGCGAAGGGAGAAGCAAGAUAUAGCUACAGCUUCCAGACCUCUUCUGAAGGAAGAUGAAUGUUUCCGCCGGGAUGAUGUAACUGCAGGUUCCGGGUCUGGGCAGACAACCAUGGGAGCCAAUACUUCAAGCAAACCCCCGGUUUUUGAUGAAAACGAGGAUGUCAACUUUGACCACUUCGAAAUUUUGCGAGCCAUUGGAAAAGGCAGCUUUGGGAAGGUCUGCAUCGUCCAGAAGAAUGAUACCAAGAAGAUGUACGCGAUGAAAUACAUGAACAAACAGAAGUGUGUGGAGCGCAAUGAAGUGAGAAACGUCUUCAAGGAACUCCAGAUCAUGCAGGGUCUGGAGCACCCUUUCCUGGUCAAUUUAUGGUACUCCUUCCAAGAUGAGGAAGACAUGUUCAUGGUGGUGGACCUCCUGCUGGGCGGGGACCUACGUUACCACCUGCAGCAGAAUGUCCGUUUCCAGGAAGACACCGUGAAGCUCUUCAUCUGUGAGCUGGCCAUGGCCCUGGACUACCUGCAGAGCCAGCGCAUCAUCCACAGGGAUAUAAAGCCUGACAACAUUUUGCUUGAUGAACAUGGGCACGUGCACAUCACAGACUUCAACAUCGCCGCCAUGCUGCCCAGGGAGACGCGGAUCACCACCAUGGCCGGCACCAAGCCUUACAUGGCCCCCGAGAUGUUCGACUCCAGAAGAGAAGCAGGUUACUCCUUCGCCGUUGACUGGUGGUCCCUGGGAGUGACCGCGUACGAGCUUCUGCGAGGCCGGAGACCAUACCAUAUUCGCUCCAGUACUUCCAACAAGGAGAUUGCAAACAUGUUUGAGAUGGCUAUUGUGACUUACCCUUCUGCCUGGUCCCAGGAAAUGGUGUCACUCCUUAAAAAGCUACUGGAACCUGACCCAGACCAGCGGUUUUCUCGCCUGUCUCACGUCCAGAGCUUCCCGUACAUGAACGACGUGAACUGGGACGCGGUUUUGCAGAAGAGGCUCAUUCCAGGUUUCAUUCCUAACAAAGGCAGGCUGAAUUGCGACCCCACCUUUGAGCUUGAAGAAAUGAUUUUGGAGUCCAAACCUCUUCACAAGAAAAAGAAGCGGCUGGCGAAGAAGGAGAAGGAGACGAGGAAAUGCGACUCCUCGCAGACAUGCCUUCUUCAAGAGCACCUUGAAUCUGUGCAAAAGGAAUUCAUCAUUUUCAACAGAGAAAAAGUAAAAGGGGAUUUUAAUACAAGACAGACAAAUCUAGCCUUCGAACAAACCAAAGACCCACAAGAAGAGAACAGCCAGAAUAACAACCUGUGACACUGUCAUCUUCUUCAUGAGAUGUUCCCUGGCACCUCAGGCUGGCACGUCUGCCUCUUCCAUCAGGACGAGCUGCCUCUCCGCACACCUCACACACCUUCCCUUUGGAAGGAGGCAACGUGACACACCGCAGAGCUCCCUGGGCUGCUAGGAUCUAGCUGCACCGCUAAUGAACCGUGUGACCUUGAGCAAGUCACUUAACCACUUUCUCUGCUUCGGUUUAUUCUUCUAACAUGAGAAGGUU